UUCCAUUAAAGGCCCUAAUUGGCAGUGGGAAGAUCAAGAUGGAGGAAAAGGAAGUAUUGGAGUGGUAUACAAAACGAAACGGAAUUCUGUCGUUUAUUGACCCAUUUGACUCGGAGGUAAUUAGGAGGUUGAGACAACAAAAGCAAGAAGCUGGAGAAAUAGCUUCUAAAUUAGCAAAUGAAACCAACAAUACAAAAUCGCCUGAGAUCGAAUCUCGAGAGGACGAAAGAGGGAGAACACAUCUUUCUAUAAGAAGUCUUAUUGUUACGCCUUUCGUGAACGGAUCCGUCCUUCCUUAUGGUAAAAAUCCAAAUAUAUCUAAAUGUGACGAUCCGGGAGAUGUUCAUCACUACAGAGAAUGA